AAUGAACAAACAUAUAGACCAAAGGAUUGGAUAUCUAUAAGGAUGUUCUCUGCUUCAAAUGGAUCGAAGAAGCCAGUACAGCAGGAGAUGGUGCAGGUUGAGAGAUCAGAAUCAUCCUCUCCCUUCUGGCGAAGUAGAACUACAAGUGGACGGCGCAAUUCUUCUCCAAAAAAGCAUGCCAGUGAUUCAGGACUUGUGGUGGGAGCUUCAUACUCCCACGCGGAUAUUCUAAAGUUUGAUAAUUUAUCCAUAUCUUCAGGUUCAGGCCGCCCGAGAACCCCCCCAUCUACAUCACCAUACAAAAGUUAUGGCGAUACCCAUACUCCUUCUUUGCACCGAGGACAUACUCCGUCUUUGAGCCGAGGACAUUCCGGACUGGCUUCACCACCUCGAAGGACAUACACAGAUUUUCUGUCCCAUACAAACAAUGAUUGGAAUGCGGAGGACGAGGCUGAUGAGGAAGAUGAAUAUGGCUACGAGAAUGAUGAUGGGGACGACUUCGGGCUGCCGAGUAUUUCGAGUAUGAAGCGAAAGACCAAGAAGGCACCCGAUCCUAGCGGUGUGGACUCAGGUGGGACUCUGUCGCCAUUUGGUCAUGGCCUACAGGGAAGCUAUGGUGGAUUCGGGCCCCGGCGGCUUUCAAACAGUGCAGAUAUUGCAAUUGAACGGCCAGCCCCAAGUUAUCCUCUACCAAAAAAGAGUGAAGGGAAGAUCUUGAGACCUCAGUACAAAGAUAUACUAAGGGAUCCCGCAAACUCGUUGCAUCUCAUUAACCACCCACCUAUACCCCCCGAUGCGUCGCCCAAGGAUAUAGAUAUCCAUUCAGCGCGGAUUACGAGAAUCAACAAAUUCAAGAAGAUACUCCAAGCCACCUCGAUUUCUUUGACGGAUCUGAGAGCUGCAGCAUGGUCUGGCGUACCAGAGGAAGUUCGGGCUAUGACCUGGCAAUUACUGCUUGGUUACCUCCCUACAAGCAGUGAAAGGCGUGUUGGGACUCUUGAACGUAAACGGAAGGAAUACUUAGAUGGGGUUCGACAAGCAUUUGAAAGGGGCGGAACGUCGGGGCCAGCUGGUAAAGUCAGAGGUCUAGACGAAGCAAUCUGGCAUCAGAUCAGCAUUGACGUUCCUCGAACGAAUCCACAUUUGGAACUUUAUGGCUACGAAGCGACGCAAAGAUCCUUAGAACGAAUAUUAUACGUCUGGGCUGUGCGGCAUCCUGCCAGUGGUUAUGUCCAAGGUAUCAAUGACCUCGUGACCCCUUUCUGGCAGGUCUUUCUUGCGACCUAUAUUACGGACUCGGAUGUUGAAAGUGGUAUGGAUCCAGGACAGCUACCGAAACCCGUUCUCGACGCUGUAGAAGCAGAUUCGUUCUGGUGCUUGACGAAGCUUUUAGAUGGUAUCCAGGAUAAUUACAUAUUCGCGCAACCUGGGAUUCAACGUCAAGUUGCAGCUCUCCAUGAUCUCACUGCGAGGAUAGACGUUGCUCUUGCGAAACACCUCGAAAAAGAGGGCGUUGAAUUUAUACAGUUCAGUUUCCGAUGGAUGAAUUGUCUCUUAAUGCGGGAAAUAAGUGUGAAGAAUACAAUUAGGAUGUGGGACACAUAUAUGGCUGAGGAGCAGGGCUUCUCGGAAUUCCAUCUGUAUGUGUGUGUUGCCUUCCUGGUCAAAUGGUCCGACAAGCUCCUGAAGAUGGACUUUCAAGAAGUCAUGAUGUUUCUUCAGGCUCUUCCCACGCGGGAUUGGACAGAGAAGGAUAUUGAGCUUCUUCUAAGUGAGGCUUUCAUCUGGCAAUCGCUGUUCAAAGGAUCUUCUUCACAUCUUCGAGGUGGAUCGAGCACGACGCCUUCAAAUUCUACCUAAGGCGUUCGUUAACGUCAAUCAAUGAUCUCUUC